CUGAUUUUCAAGUUUAAUUAAGUACCGGUACAAUAAUUCAGGGAUUUUAGUUUAUAGUUCAAACAUCUAGUCGCAAAACCAAAUAAGACAGAUUUCAAAGGGCAUGUUACACAAAAUGCCGAGAUUGUAUGCCUAUAUACCGCUGUACUGUACGAGUAACAUUGACAUUAUGAUUAUAUAUCAGCGUUGCGCUAGUAAUUAUUAUCACACUAGAGCAAUAAGAGGAGUGCAGCAUGUCAACACAGCAAAUGUUUUAUCUAUAUAGACUAUUACAAGAUCACUUUGGGACAACAAUAACGCUGUGUUCUAUAUCUUUGACAUUUUGAAUAGGAUUUUGUUGAGAGUUCCAAGCCUUUUUGACAAAUUUUAGCUCUGGCAUGCAGUACGUAUGCCAGUCUCCAGAUAUCGACAUGCGUGGUACCAUCCUGCUGAAUAUAACUUUUAAAGGUAUACUGACGAACGGAAACACACUUAUUCUUUAAACUGGUCCUCUUAACUAGUUGUGCAUUUACAUCCAGGAAAUUAAGAGCACCAUGGGUGACUAUAUUAAGAGUAUUGAUCCUACAACCGCAGAGAAAAGUCUGCAGGAACCUAAAGUGAAAAGGAGGUACACCUGCAGAUCAAGAAAAAAUGGAGACCUGUACCCAAAACGGCUUCUUGCAGCAUCCACAGAUGCUCUUCAGUCAGGAAUACAGUUUGGAUCCAACAAGUACCUUGCCAUGUGUGGACUGGCAGGAAUAAUGAGCUGUGGAAUCACCCACACUGGGAUGGUACCACUGGAUGUCGUCAAGUGCAGGAUACAGGUUGAUCCUUCAACGUACAAGAAUACCUUAAACGGGUUCAGGGUGACCAUUGCUAAUGAUGGCAUCCGAGGUCUCGCGAUUGGCUGGGCACCAACAGCAAUUGGCUACUCUCUCCAGGGCAUGCACAAGUUUGGGCUGUACGAGUUCUUCAAGAUCAAAUACUGUGCCAUCCUGGGAGAGGAGUGGUCUUACAAGUAUCGCACCUCUGUCUACCUAGCUGCAAGUGCCAGUGCAGAGUUCUUUGCAGACAUCGCCCUGAGUCCAAUGGAAGCUGCCAAGGUCAGGAUGCAGACGCAACCAGGCUUUGCAGGGACCCUGAGAGAAGCACUGCCAAAGAUGUGGGCCCAGGAAGGCUUCCAUAGCUUCUACAAAGGUCUGCCACCGCUCUGGUUCCGCCAAAUCCCUUACACAAUGAUGAAGUUUGCCUGCUUUGAGCGCACUGUGGAAGCCCUUUAUAAGUACGUCCUGUCCAAGCCCCGCGACGAUUGCAGCAAGCCUCAGCAACUGGUGGUGACCUUCGUUGGAGGCUACAUAGCUGGAGUCUUCUGCGUCCUGGUGUCCCAUCCUGCAGAUUCCAUUGUGUCUAAGCUGAACCAGGAUGCGGGAAGUACCAUGGUCCAAGCAGCCAGAUCUCUUGGCAUGUCUGGCCUUUGGAAAGGGUUUGUACCGAGAGUUGCCAUGAUAGGUACCCUGACAGCACUGCAGUGGUUUAUCUACGAUUCCUUCAAGAUCUACUUCCUCAUGCCCCGCCCCCCACCACCAGAAAUGCCUAUCAGCAUGAAAGCAAAACUAGAGUCCGACGAAAGAAAAAGGAAAUAAUUCUGCAUUCUUGCAAACACUCGAUAUGAAGAUAUCUUUGAUAGUGGAGUGCUACCAAUCCAUGUAAAGCACACUAAAAUACUGAGAAAAAGUUUACGCCACGUGUUCGUGUAGUCCCAUAUACAUCUUUCAGUGUACAGUGUUUGUAACUUUACCAAGA